AUGAGCAUUACUGCAAAAUCAGACGAAAAUGAGGAAUAUAAUGUGGAUUACUUUGUAGAAUAUUUAAAUGAAUCAAAAAACGAUCUUAUAAAUAAAUUUAACGUGGAUCCUCUGGACCAAAGGUUUACACAGGCUUUAGAAUACAAUUUACUGCAUGGCGAACUUUUGGGCUUGCGACUUUUGAUACCCUGCUACAAGGAUCUUCUGCAAUGUGAAUUUCUGCACAAGGACAAUCUAAAGUCUAUACACAUUAUGGGUUGGUGUGUGGAAUUGAUGAUAGUAACCUUCAUACUAUACGAUGACAUUACGGACAAUAGCACCUCCAGAUUGGGAAGGCCAUGUUGGCAUAGAGUUAACAACAUUGGCCUGACUGCUAUACACGAUGGCCUCAUAUUUGAGAACAUGAUUUUCUAUAUGCUGCGCAAACAUUUUCGCCAUCACGAAUGUUAUGUGCAAUUGUUGGAAGUUUUCCAAGAGGCGAUAUUGGUUACAGCCUGUGGUCAAAAUUUGGACAUGUUAACCUGUCAAAUGCCAGUGGCUACAUUUUCGUGGGAAUUUUAUCAAAAUCUAUGUGCAGCAAAAAAUGCCUAUGCCUGCUUCUAUUUGUCAUUUGUCUUAACCAUGCAUAUGGCGGGGAUAAAAAAUCCCCAGGCCUUUGAAGAGGUUAAAGUCAUUGCUUGCAAAAUGGGUCUAUUGUUUCAGGCUCAAAAUGACUAUCUCGAUUGUUUUGGAAAUCCGGAGAAAAUGGACAAAUUUGGCAAUGAUAUUGAGCAGAACAAAUGCACUUGGUUGGCCCUGGAAUGUAUGGAAAGAGCUACCGAAGAGCAGAAGCAUAUAAUGUUCGAAUGCUAUGGCAAGAAAGAUCCUCAAAUGAUACAAAAUGUAAUGGAACUCUAUAAAAUCCUGGACUUACCCCAAAUAUUUGCAGAUUUCGAAAUGGAAUCCUAUGAAAACAUCAAGGAUUUGGUUGAACAUGCAUCGUCUGGAGUACCUCGCAAUGGUAUUUUGAAGACAUUGGAGAGAUUACGUGACCAUAAGCUGGAAUAG